AUGGUCAAUUUUUACCGCCGGUUCCUACCGAACUGUGCUAACCUCAUGUUGCCGCUCACCAAAAUGCUUUCUGGUCCCAAAGGUCCCCUCGAGCUGAGUGGUGAAGCACUGAAUGCUUUUGAGAGAAUCAAGAAUUCCCUUGCCGAUGUUACGUUACUCACGCAUCCCGCUCCCGAAACUCAGCUGUCUCUGAUGGUAGAUGCAUCGACCGCAGCCGUAGGUGCAGUCCUUCAAAAACACCCUUCUGGUUCGACUCGACCACUCGCGUUUUUCUCCAAAAAUCUCUUACUAGCUGAGACAUGCUACAGAACCUUUGGCCGUGAACUACUUGCCAUUUACCUGGCUGUGAAGCAUUCCCGGCAUCUCCUUGAAUGUCAUGACUUCACUGUUUUCACUGACCACAAAUCGUUGACUUUUACACUUCGUUCCCAAUCCGAUAAAUACAAUCAUAGGGAAAUCGCCCACUUGGACUACAUCUCCCAAUUCACCACCGACAUCCGCCACAUUGAUGGCACGAAGAAAGAGCUUGCUGAUGUGCCGUCCAGACAGUCACUGUCUUCCCUCCAACUCUCACACGGGAUCGAUAUUUGUGCCAUGGCGGCUGAACAACAGCGAGUCGGUUGUUCCGGCGACGAGUCUGUUAGUGGUGUCCUACUCAAAGACAUUCCUCUGACCACUGGCCCUGGUACCAUACUUUGUGACGUCUCAACUCCCUUUCAUCGCCCUUUCGUGCCCGCCUUAAUGCGUCGAGCUGUAUUUCAAACUAUGCAUGGACUCUCCCACCCUGGGAUCCGAGCCUCUCAAAAGCUCCUCGCGGAAAGGUUUGUCUGGCCUGGCGUGAAUAAGGACUUUAAAGCUUGGAUCCGGUCUUGUCUGAGUCGCGAGCGCAACAAGGUGCAAUGA